AUGCCAAGAGGAUUUUUAGUAAAGAGGAACAUUAAAUCGUCUCUAGUUUCAUACAGGAUUCGGAAUGAGGAGAGGCAGCCAGUGGAAAUUCCCCCUUUGAGCGGGAAUGUGCGGGCAGCCAUAUAUCCAUUUAGCCUGUCACAGCCAAGUUCUGAGAAAAACAGUCCAGAACAGCUUAAAGAUGGAUUUACACGAGGUAAAAUCGUGGACACGGCCCACAGAAAGGACGAGCUAGAAGAGGACAGUACUUCAGGUACAUUCUACACUAAAGCCACUUUGUCAGAGUAUAGUAUCUCUGGUUGGGCUAACGUCUCCUACACACCCAUCAAACCCAUUGACAAGGAACUCGGGAACACUUUCUUUGACACUUGUUUAACCCCAUCUGCUUCAGACGAGCCUUUCGCUCCUGCGGCCUCGUUAAACCCAAUAGAGAGGCUUUUGGUUCAGCCACAUCUCUCAGAGGCGACUGCCAAAUGCGGAGGCAUUACUCACCUGUACGCACCUUUCCACGGGAGUAAGCGAUGCGUGCCAGAUCCCGGCCCUCGUAAGCACAGGAGCACCCCGAAGAAGUCCAAAGUAUUCAGAAAACUCAAUUUCGAGGACGAGGUGAGCACUUCCCCUGUCUUGGGUCUACGAAUUAAGGUUGACCCCAGGGAUUGCAAGCCGUCGCCGGCACUGAUGAACAAGCCCCUUGGAGAAUUCAUCUGCCAGUUGUGCAAAGAGCAAUACUCAGACCCGUUCUCUCUAGCCCAGCACAAAUGCUCCAGGAUCGUCCGUGUGGAGUACCGCUGCCUUGAGUGUGAUAAAGUCUUCAGCUGCCCAGCUAACCUGGCCUCGCAUCGGCGCUGGCACAAACCUCGCCCUGAUCCAAAUCCCCAGCGGGACAACCAGAACUGCUCGGUGGAGCCGGCCCGGGCAGAGCCAGUCAGAAAGGAGAACUCGGGGGAACGGGACGGCAGCGCCGGCACCAUGGACAGCGCCAAGCAGCCGGGCUGUCCGGGCGGCGGCUCAGUCCAGCGGAUGGACGGGCGCUUCCAAUGCCGCUACUGCAGCAAGAGAUUCCGCCGACAGGCUUACCUGAGAAAGCACCUGGGCGCCCACGAAGCGGUCGGGUCGAGCGUCCACCGCCACCUCGGUGCGGCCCGGAUGCCCUUCCCCUGCCAGCUAUGCGGGGUGGACCUGCAGACGGCCGAGAGCCGUGACAAGCACCUCCUCUGGCAUGCGGUGAGCGGCGGAGCACCGGCGCUCUUCGGGCCCGACUGCGGCGAGAAAUGCGCCGCUCCCGAGGAUCAAGCUGACAAGGGCGACCUGGGAGCCCUGCUCUUCUGCUGCAAACACUGCCCAUCGACUUUCUUCAGCUCGCCCGGACUCACCAGGCACAUCAACAAGUGCCACCCAUCAGAGAGUAGGCAGGUGCUGCUUCUGCCACUGUCGGCCUCGGCGGGCUGUUAG